AUGGCUCAGAGUGACUUCCUCUACCCACAAAACCCAAGGAGGCGACAGGAAGUGAACCGCCUUCACCAGCAGCUGCUGGACUGCUUGUCUGACUGCUUCCAGGUCACCAACAAGCUCACAGGCCUUCUGAAUGCCCACCUGGGUUGCAGGCUGGCCUUCAUUGAAAUGAGAAGUGACGCAACCAUCAAAAGAAACUGUGACCUCAUCAUCCAAGCCGUGACAAAAAUCCAGAAGGAGCUGCAAAAGGUUGACGAGGCACUGAAAGACAAACUCGAGCCAACCCUUUAUAGGAAGCUUCGGGAUAUUAAGGAAAGGGAAACAGAGAAGAUAGCCAUCGUGCAGAAGGUCAUUUCUGUCAUCCUGGGAGAAGCUACAGCUGCAGCCAGUGCAGUGGCUGUCAAACUGGUGGGCUCAAAUGUCACAACGGGUAUAAUUAGCAAGCUGGCCUCUGUGCUGACUCACAUCGGGACUUCUAUCCUCGGGAGCAUCGGAGUAGCCGUGCUCAGCCUCGGGAUAGACAUGGUCGUUCAAGCCAUCUUGGGAGCAGUGGAGAGGACGCAGCUUCAAUCAGCCAUCCAAAGUUACGAGAAGCAUCUGACUGAGUUCAAGGCCGCCUCAGAGAAGUACCAUCAUGCUAUCGCUGAGGUCACCGAUGCUGUGAAGCGCCAGUUAAGGUGAACACUCAGGCGUCUACGCUGGGAUGGCCCUGCGCUUCUCUCUUUGGCGCCGUGCUAACGUCUUUAAUUUUCCAGAUGUCUCCAGCAAUGUGGACACAGAUAAACAAUGUGGCAUGCUUGGGUGUUAGGACAACGAGUGCCCAAACCAGCUGUGUUGGACCGUCAUGGGAUAACGCUCUAUCCGGGUCUUACCCUGCUGUCAGAACCACUGGGGUGUAAAGGCAUCAUAGAACAGCAAGGCACUGCCUAUUGCUUCCUCAUUGCCAAACAUUCCUGCUAAAUGGAGAGGCCGUUCCCAUUCCCUGUUUCAAACAUCACUUAUGUCUAAUAAAUCAUUCUUAAUAACAUUGGACUAGACACAGACCUGUGGUCUUCAAGUAAAAUAGACAUCCUUCCGUUAUUUUUACCACCGGAUUAAAUUCAAUUGUCUGUAAUCUGAACCGAUGGCAAAACCACAAAAACAACAUGUUCUUCAGGAAUGAAAGGAAGCAAUGCCCCUGUGAGGUUCUACUCAACACAACAUGUGUCUGGAUGCAUCUGGGAAAGGAUCAGAUAAUAGAAAUUGUGUCUAUAAUGCAGUUAAUAUUGAUCUAUCUGUCAUCUAUCACUUCAGCAGGCAAACUCUCGAAUAUCUUAAUAAACAAUAAAUAAAGCGGAGUGACCCCUGCAUAAAAUAUGUUAGAGUGAGGAAAAAGACUCACUCCCCAAUAAGAAUUCAUUGGUUAAAGAAAGUAUGUAUUUUCAAUUUUUCAGGGGGAUAAGUUCAUUUUCAAUACCACCAGGAAGUGGCAGCUCCCUCUGCCCCAUAAAGCAUUAACAGACCUAUGUUAAUUUUCACCUGAAAUCAGAAAAAGUCAAAAGCUAUGGAGGCCAAUUGAUCUAACUUAAUUUCUGUAGAUGCAGCAUUUGUUUUCUAAACCCUUCAUCUAAGUGUUCUCAUUGAGCCAUUUUUUAGAGUUUACUUUGAAAGUCAUAUUAUGUAACAAUGCCGAGAAUGUCUUUGUUAUAGCUCUUUUGUUUUUGAAGCACAAAAAUAAUCAUUGGAAGAAAAUACUCAGUAUAUCUUUAAAAAAAAACAACUCUUACAGAUGAAAAAUUGUAACUAGCCCUAUGACUUUUCCAAAUAUAUUAAUAUCUUGUUAUCACUGCUUUUAUAAAUUAGUUUCAAAAUAUCACAAUUUGGGUCAUCUUCAAA